AACAAAAAACUUAAACAAGCUGCAACAUGAAGGAGAAGAAAAUAUUUGAGGUUUUUUCAAAAAGCUCCAAGAUGACACAAAUCGAAAAUAUUGCACCGAAGAUGGACCUUUCCUCCCUGGUGAGCUCUUCAAAAUCCCCUCGAAGGCGCCAUGCUGGUGGUUCUCUCAGUGGGUCUCUUUGUGGAGGUUCUCAGAAUCUGGUACCUGGUUCGACUACAGGAGGUUCCUUAACAAAUUCCCACGGAGGUUCUGCACCCAGACUGUAUUCCACAGGUUCCAAAAGCACAAGUGAAUUGGAAGGAUUGAGAAACGCUCUGCAAGAUAGGGAUGCUGUGAUACAUAAUCUAAGAGCCCAAUUAGGAGUCCACUAUCCCCCAACCUCGUCCCUACAUUCUUCAGGAAAUCACAAGAAGCAGCAUAAGAACGACUCAAUUAAUCUGCUGAAUCAGCAGAGAUCCAAUUUGCAGAUGAGUGAUGCUGAAAGAGUGAUCGCCAAAAGACGAUUGGCCACUUUAAAAUUGGAGGCUGAUAGGAAAAAGGACGCAAUUGGGGAACUGAAGAAGGCUUUGAGGAAAUUGGAUGUUACAGACAACAUUGAUGUCCGGAUCAAGCAGGCAGAGUUAGAAUACGCCCUGGGCAGGGAAGAAUUAGACUUGUUAUCCAUUUCUGAAGAAUUGAGGUCUCUCCAGGGACGUAUUGAACAAGCUCAAGGGUCUCCUGAGCAGAAAAGAACAAUAUUCAGUUGGCUAAAAACUGGCGUCCAAUUAUCUUUGGUGGCAGUUACUGUAUCUUGUGAUCCUUCGAGACCAAGAUGGGGUGUCACUUUUAAUAAUAACAAUAAUAAUAAUAAAGAUGGGACCAAUUUUGGAUUGUAUAUAGAUUGGGCUGCCGAAGGAGAACCUUUAAGGAAAGGAGAUAGAUUAUUAGAAGUCAAUGGUAAAAUCUUAGGAGCAUCCAGAAAUCUCUCCCAAUCCUCGACUUUGGAUGAACUCUCAAGACUUUUGGCAGUGUCUUAUGAUCCAGCAGAAAUUGUAGUCUUGAGACCGAGAAGGAGUCACAGUCAAAAUUUGGACAGUAAUUAUAGUACUACACUGACUAGUUCUUCAAAUAGUGCUAAUCGUAGACUUAAAGCUGAUAAUUUGAGGUUGACCCAUCGGAUAUGCUAUUUGGAAGAACAGGUACGUGAACUCCAAGCCAAAGAUCAGCACAUAACAUCAAUAAAUGUAACAGACAGUUUGAAUCCUGCAAAUUCCUUGGACCGUAAACCAAAUUUGAAGGAAGCAAAGGACAAUCCUGCACCACAAAAUAAUGAGAUUGCAAAAGAAUUGAGUAACCAGGAUGGAAAUCCAGGAGGAAAUGUGGAAACUGUAGAACUUAUCAUUGGAAACAAACCUGGAGAUGAUAUAAAUUAUAACAAAUCUAAUUUUAACAACACUUUUAUUGAACCAAGUUCAAUAGAUCCUCAUGGUAUCAAUUUUGUCCAAACCAAUCAACAAGUUAGUCCAAUUUCUAAUGAUCCCACUAAUUAUCCUAAUUACAAAAACAUCAAUCCAAUGCCAACCAAUGAUCCAAAACCAACUUACCAAAGAUCCUUAAUUACCAAUAAUGAACCAGCAAAACCAAACACAGACUUCACUCCAAAACCAUUGUCUAAUGGUUUUGAAGUUCCUGAAACUGUAGAAGUCUUCCGAAGGGGUUCACAAGUUGCAACUUUGCUGAGAGGAAAAAUUGUUAAACAACAUCACCCAAUGGACGAGACUUUUCCUCCUGAUUGGAGAAAAUCCACCAUGGACAGCAGAUCCAUAAAUUCAGAGUCUAGAAGUGAGUCAAGGUGCUCCUCGAAUUCUGUGGACAAAAAUAACACUUUCACAAAGAACUACGCGCGAGAAACUCAAUUUUUGAGUCAGGAGGAACGUAUUAACCGCCUCAAGAACGAAAGUCUGAUGAAUUCAAGCCAGAGUUUGAAUAAAACUGAUGUUAAUGGUGACCAGAUGAAUGGUGAAGUUGUUAAUGGUGAUGUUUGUGAGAAUGGUGUCAAAUUGGGGGCAGAUAUGCAGUAUGAUGGGAGCAGGAUGACGAAUCCUAGGACGCCUCCGGUUCGUCCAGAGCGACCAGAAGUGAAGCGCCGUUCCAGGACAAAGCAGUUGUUUCACUAUUCAUCAGCCAGGAGCGCUGAUGAACCGAUUUCCAUUCCCAUCAAUUCGAUCGAUAAUCGGAAGAUUAUUGAUAUGAGAUUCGAUAAGGCGGAAAGAGCCGAAGUCUUAAGCAAUGGGGCCGAGGCGACUUCGAUGGACCAUCGGUGGGACGAGAGGAGCUCCAAGAGUUUGGAAUUCGAGAGAUGUUCAGCAAAUAGUCUAAGACCUACACCUCCAAAAAAGCCUUUAAGAUUAUCUCUUCAUCGAGCCAGGAGUUUACAAACUGUACAAAGUCCAGGUAACAGAUAA